CGGCAGGAAAUGGGGCAGAAGUUUAUGUAACUCACAUGUUCACUUCAGUAUACAGACAUUGAGAGCUUCAGGCUGCAGGAGAUCACACACAGGCAAUGAAUCCUGCAACAGCUGGAUCAGUAGCAUCAGCUGUUUUUACUGGCGCUGACCAAAUAUCCCGGGGCAUAAAGACAAGCAGAAAUGUCACUAUUCAAAUCACCAAUUACAGCGAUACAUACAUCUUAGCAAAUCCAAGGACCUACACCUUCAGUGGCUGCUGUCACCAUCCUCCCCAACCUACCAUCGCACAAAAGACACAAGAGAUAUGCUCGUUUUCCAAAAUCUCAUACACGGCCCGUGGUGCUGUCGGAGUCCUGACAUACCAAAUCCUCCAGAAUGAAGAAGAACAUGUCGGUGAACUGGCCAUCAUGUUCUCUGUGCCUUUUGACUACAACUUGUACAAAAACUGGUUUGCUCUUGGCAUUUUUGAUGCAGAUAUUCCAUGUGAUCUUAAUCUGUUCAAGCGGAUGUAUUAUGACAUUGAUGGUCCAUUCACCAGAGCCAAAGGUACCGGGAGUAUUAUAAAACAUAAAGACAGGCCACUGGUGAAGGGAACAAUGUCUGCUUUUGGCCACUCGAUUAUUAAGGUUGAAUUGUGGGAUAACUAACAGUCUUGCUGCCUUUUACCAAACAGACCCAGGCCUGAAACAGUGCUGAAGUCCAUCUAGUGUUAACAGUUACUAUACUGUACAUAGUUUAUCUAAUCAGUCCUUCAUUCAUUUAUAUCAGUUGAUAGAAUUGAACAAAUCCACACUGCUGAGAGUUUGUGAAAAAAAAUAGAUGCCUAAAACUUUUGCAGAGGACUGUAUAUGAUUUAAGUACUAAUUAAAUACUGGAAAUCUGAGCCUUGAUAAACUAGCAUGUAAACCUCUUAAUAUACGUUGUGUAGUUCUGCUCUGCAUGUUUAUAUUUUUAAAAAGCAAUAUAAAUCUAGAAUACUGUCUCUUUCAGGUCUCUUCUCUGUCAUGACUCUUUCCUUUAAACAUUUCCAUUACUUACUGUUUACUCAGAGGCAUUACUAAGAGAUAUUAUUAAACUUGCUGCUGUUUUCUUCAUUCUGAGUUAUGAGUUAUAGGGGGUCCCUGAAAAUAAACUUAUUAUGACAAUGUACUGUCAUUGUUGAACUGCUUCACAGACAGUUGACAAGCUUCUGUCUUUGGUGUUCUUAACUAACUAAGGAUGCAGCACUGCUCUGCCUCUAGGUGGCGCUGUAGCAGACUGGUUUAGCCAUUUGGUCCGUCAUAGUCUUGCAACUGUAACUCUGCCCAGAAGGUUUACAAUAUGCCGCAACAUAUUUGUAAAUCUGAAAAUAAAAUGUGCACAAUUCUCCCAAGAGUUUAGUGUAAUGAGUGACUGUUCCUCAAUUCGUAAAACCAACCUGUGUAAGAUCUCAGUUAAUGUGAGAAAGACAAACUAGAAAAGAGCACACAGAGUAGUGUGUAUCCAUAUAUGUAUAUAGAUACACACUACUCUUUAACGUUUGUUUAAUUAUGUGUUCACUGAUUUGCCUGUAGACUGCAAGUGACUGAGAUUACAACAUGAAUGAGAUUAAAAACCUAUAUAAUUGUAGCUCUUGCUGGGCCUUCAGUGCAGUGAAUUCAGUGAGAGUCUCAUAGGACACCCAUAGAUAUAAAGGCAUAUGCAAAAGUUAGGGGCACCUGGUCAAAUUACAUGUUGGGCUGAGUGUUGAAGUGAAAAGAAAUGAACACUGUUCAUCUCAGCAGUGUGGAUUUGUUCAGUUCUAUCAACUGAUAUAAAUGAAUGAAAGACUGAUUAGAUAAACUAUGUUUAUUAAAGUAAAAGCCAUUUUGGAGCUGUUGAUGGAAAUAUUUAAUAAAACAU